AUGGAAAAAUACUGGGUUCCUAUAAUCGGUCGUUGCAGUUCUAUGUAUAUCUAUAAUGUUGAGAUGAAGUAUAAUCCUGAGAUAUCCGUCUCCUUGUUGAUGAAGAGUCGUCCUAAUAGUUGGAAUUUCGAGCACCGAAGCUGGCUGAUUCUGGCAUCCACCCUUUCUACCUCCGCUCUCUUCCUGACUGUAUUAAUUUGUGUCUUGCUAAUAGCUGGUCCAUUUGCUACGUGA